GUCAGGAAUCACUGUCAAUAUUAACCUGUACAUUGUAUGUCAAAUUCACCGUAAUGCUUGAGGCAAAAUUUUUUCGUGUUUUAUAAAAAUUUCAAUAAGAUGUCUUUCGGGUACUACACAAAAUGGUGGAUUGCAUCCAAAAAGCAGUUGGAGGAUCUCUACGCCAGCGAUGCAGCAUGGAGAAAAAAGGCUAAGCCAAUCACGGAUAGAAACCUAGCCAACAUGUUGCUGGGGGGUUUAUAUGCGAGAUACGCCAUGUUGUUCCAAGAAUUAGACACAUGCUUGGACCAAAUGGUUCAACCACAAAAGCGGUUGACCGUUAGAAAGUUGAUGGACGCUGCUACCAUAAGGUUGUGGGAAUUCAACCAAGAGCUUCGCAAAAUUGACCUCUCUGAAUAUCACUACGUCGAUGGAAGUUUGAUAGAGUUAAAGCUAGUCCCGUAUGAUGUAGAGAUACUACACCCAGCAUUGAAGUAUCCAAGACCCAGCGACGUCGAGGAUAUGGUUCAAAGGAUCAACAGAGGAGAGAAGAUAUUCAUUCCACCUGAGCUUAUAAUUGAAAAUGAACCGGUAGAGGGAGCAGAAAUUGCUGAAGGUGGAGACAAGCCUCCUGACGUGACACCAGAAGAGGAGGAGGCUGCUAAAAAAGCUGCUAAGAAGCCAAAGCCUAAGAAGUUAGUGAAAGAAGAGGUAGUGUUAUCUCCGGAAGAAAUAGAAGCCUUAAAGCGCAAAGAAAGAACUACCAAAUGCAUCAUGCUGAUACAGACAGCCGAACGUGCUAGACAAGAAAGGAUUUAUUUCAACAUCAAGAAGGCGAUUUUUGAGAAAAAACAGGCUAUGAAAACGAUGCCGCCUAGCCAGCAGAAGAAGGUUCAACAAGUCAAUGAGACAUCCCUAUUGGAAGAUACAACUUUGAAGCUGCAAAGUUGGUGGAGAGGAUGCAGUGACAGGCUCAAACUGAGGGCCAAAGAGGUUGAAAGACGGAUGCUGAUUGGCACGUACGAACCCAGCUGGAAGUCAACAGAAGCCUACGACAUCUUCCAAAAGAACCUUGAAGUCAGAAGAACGUACAGGGAUCAACGAAUCAAGGAAUACAUCCAGUCCAUCGACGACGAAAGGACGAGAAUUCUAAGAAUUGUUGCUCCUGGUCUCAUGGAGGAUAUCGGAGACGAAAUCAGGGAAUGGUUCCGUGUAUGGUACAAAGAGAUCAGAAUGUUUGACAAGUUUCCUCCAGAAGAGAAGGGAGGUACAAUCUUGGUGGUUCGUGGUGAAACUAUGACACCCAAGGAGUACCUGGAUGAUUAUGAAAAGAAAAGGAGAGAAAAAGUGAAAAACAAGGGCAAAGACAGGGCAAAAGUAGAAGCUGAAAAAAAGAAGAAGGCUGAGGCAGAAAAAAAGAAGAAAGAAUCAGAAAAGAAGAAGAAAGAGGCUGAGGCUGCGAAGAAGAAGAAAAAGAAGAAGAAGCCUUCUGAGUAUGAAUUCGAGUAUAACGAAACUGCCGGGUUACCUAUUUAUGAACAAGGUAUGAAGGAACAUGCGGAGAUUUGGGACCAACGCAACGACUUGGAUAACCCAUUGGAGAAACACUACAUGGAUAUGAUAACCGAUAGAAAAUGCUAUGAGGUACAAAUAGAAGUGAGACAGAAGAUAGAUGAAGCUAUGAGGAUAGAACUGGAAAUGUUAGAAGACGCCUUGGAGCAAGAUAGGAUUCGGAUGGGUAAGAAGAGAAAUAAGAAGAAGAGGAAAGGGAAUAAGGGAAAGAAGAAGAAAGGAAAGAAAGGGAAAAAAGAUCCUACUGGGGAUAGGACUACGGAGGACUUGUUCCAAGAGCUUGUUAAUGAGGGCAUCAUCAGGUCGUAUCCGAAAGUAUCAUUGAGCGAAUACCAUGGGGAUUUCAGCUAUAAGAAUUGGGAUCUUAGGAAUGAAGACUUUGAUCCACCUGGCACUCUUUUAGCUACCAUGAAGCACCCAUGAUGUAUCGUGAGGUUAUAGGGGGAUACAGGGAAAAGGGGUGACGCCACACGGACUCUAGCGAGGGAACACGUGAGCAUGCUACAUGAACAUAUUCUGGCCCCGCCUACGAGAUUCGCCUGGUGGAACAUCCGCGUACGACAGAGACCUUCUACCACCUACGGAAAAUCACAACAUCACAAGAGAAAAAAAUUCUAUUGGGACGGGAUUCGAACCCGCACAGCACAUUUCGACUGAUUAGGAGACCGUAGCGUCUACCACUACGCCACCGCUGCUGCCUGUCUCGUAACAUGAAAUACUUUUGGCUCUGAAAGUUCUCGUCCAUGACGCCUGCAUUCUGGGUUCGUAUUCGCUAGGCUUAUACGUUCUUCAUUUUGACUCGGUCAAGCUCAUCAUUGGAUGAGGUCUAUACAUUGCAAGCUGAGAAUGUGAAACAUUCUACCAAAAGAAGCCUUUUCGAAUUCUACUAAUUUGAUUUUCUGUAGAAGAGAUAAACAGAUAUACUACAUGACAUUCUUAAGUGGAUUAUUUCAAAAACCAUAGACUCUACAGCAUCCAGGAGCAAGCUACAUCCCAGAUCAAUUGACGAGGACGUGUUGUAAUAGUGGAAAGUUUAGAAGUCAAAGUAUUGCCUCUUCGUAUUUUCUUACAGAUGUAAGACAGGCAGUGAUAACGAAUUGCAUCAUUCCCUUGGGCGUAACUUCAAUGCAAAGGCCCAGAUCAGUGCUGAUAGCAGGUCCAAGACAAAGUGGCAAACACCUUCUAGCAAACGCCAUUUUCAACGAAACCAAAUGCGUUCUGUUCGAUCUAUCUCCUGAAAAAACCGCAGGAAAAUAUCCAGGUCCCAAGGGCAUGAAGAUGUUCAUGCAUCUCGUCUCCAAAAUGUCCAAGUUGUUAGCUCCUUCGAUCAUAUACUUCGAUGCUGCUGAGAAGAUUUUCUAUAAGAAGGUGCCUAAGGAAGAGAAAGAGUUGGAUCCUAAGAGGAUUGGAAAGAAGUUGAUGAAAGGGGUUAUCAAAACAAUAGGAAAGGAUGAUAGAGUUCUUAUAUUAGGUAUAACUGGUAGACCGUGGCUAGCUCAAGGAGCCAAACUGAAGAAGACGUUCGAAAGGCACAUUCUGAUUCCGCGACCCGAUUAUAACAGUGUUUACAUUUAUUGGAGAGAACUUCUAAUGCCUUAUCAUGGUGUUGAUAGGAAUUUCAACGUCACAGCUCUUACUAAGGUCACAGAGAAGUAUCCCUUUUCCGGACUGAAGUCUCUACUGCAUUUGCAUAUUUGGCGCAGCAUGGUUUUUUGGUUCGCUGGUUCUAAACUUGGGCUCUGUUUGUCUCUAUGAAGACACUUGAGGGUCACUUCAAGAUCAUUACAAGGGCACUUCCAGAAAAAUGUGUAGCAACUGAGCUCCAGCACAGUGCUCAAGCAAGUGCUGGAAGAAGUUCUAGUACCAAGGAGGAUCGUCCAACUAAAAUUUAAACCACUGACUUGUGAAGAGAUAUACGAGGUCAUCGUGUCCAAAAGCAUUGAGCCAAUAACCGACAAGGAGUAUAAGAAGUUCACGAAGUACUACCAGAGUACUCCGCUUGGAAAGGAGAAAAAAGCGUUCAAUAAAUGGGCCGACUUCAAGAGGGAACAGGAGACAAAGCAAAAGGAAAAACAACAGUCCAAGACAAAGUGAAAAUCAUUGCAACAAAAAAGUGUACGAUUGUUUAGUUUCUCAAAUGUGUUUUAUAUUCAGCUUUAAGUAUCAAAUACAAACAUAUUUUUUUAUCUUGAA